AUGGCUGAUACUCUUGAAGCGAUAGACCAUUCUCGAGAUGGGCCAAACAGAGAGGUGUCAGGUAUAUCGACCACCAUAGAUUCCAACCAUGACGACGAAAAGAUAUCUCUCAAGACAAGCUGGAGGUCUCUCUUCCGGUUCACGACUAUCUUCCAUAUCCCACUACUCCUGUUGGCCCUCCCGAUCACAGUCGCAGCUGGAGUUAUAAGAAUCGUCUUUGCCCUCUACCUAGGCAAACUCUUUCAGGUACUUUCGCAAUUCGGUACUGGAGCAAUCAACGGCCACCAGCUCAUGGAACAAACGAGAGACAAUACAUUUAUCCUUCUGAUUAUUGGGGCAGCUACUUGGCUUGCGAGUACUUGUUUCUUCUUCGUUUGGAUUGUCUUUGGCGAAUUGCAAGUCCGAGGAGCUAGUAGGUUGUUGUUUGGGAGGCUGUUAGCACGCGAUCUCAUGUGGUUUGAUAUGAGGAAGGAUGGAGUUGGGUCGUUUUUGUCUCAUUCACAAAAGCAACUACGAGAAUUACAGAUUGCAACCGCCCAGCCCCUCGGACUGGUUAUUAUGCACGUUAUCAGGAUAUUAACCGGUAUAAUACUCGCAUUUGUCAUUUCGUGGAGGGUCACUCUGGUUACCAUGGCCGGAAUACCAGUUACCUUUGCAGUGAUAAUCUUCACAUCCUCAAGAAUGUCCCCUAUCCUCAAAGCACAGCAAUCUGAACUCUCCGAAGCUUCCAAAAUCACCUACGACGCCUUCAAGUCCAUUGAUGUAGUCAAAUGCCUCAACGGACAAGCUUCGACUUAUACACAAAUGAUGGCUCGCAUCAGGGCUGCUGCUCGAUUGUACAUGAGAUUGGCUAUUCUCAGCUCGGUUCAGGCGGCUUUCCCGCGGUUCAUGUCCUCUGCGAUGUUUGUGCAGGGAUUUUGGUAUGGAAGUGUGUUGGUCCGAUCGGGACGGUUGGAGCCUGGUGAUGUCUUGACGACGUUUUGGGCUUGUAUGACUGUUACGCAGUCAAUGGGUCAGCUGGUACAACAUUCUGCUACGCUGGAAAGAGGGAAGAUUGCUGGCGAAACGUUGCAUCAGUAUAUACGUGCCGAAGUUACGAAUGAUUCGACAUUGAAGAUACAAAGAGAUAGGUACCCGAAUCUUCAUACCGAAGAUAUUGUCUUGAAAGAUGUCGUCUUCUCUUAUCCAUCCAGAUCAGAAACGCCGGUUCUCAAUGGUCUGAAUAUCAGGUUUCCAGCCGGCAGGACAACCUUCAUCGUUGGGCACAGCGGAGCUGGAAAGAGUACCCUAAUCAAUCUGCUGCUACAGUUCUAUUCACCAACCUCCGGAGGGAUUAUAAUUGGCGACACGCCGUUUCAGGCAGCUAAGACAUCUUGGGUGCGCCAAAACAUAACAUUCGUUCAGCAGAAUAGUUAUCUCUUCAACGAAUCACUUUGGGAUAACAUUGCAUUUGGAUCACAUAACCCGCGGAGUGUCUCCAACGACCAAAUGGAGAUGUGUAUUGAAAUGGCAAAUUUGCAAGGCACAAUUCGGACCCUGCCAAACCAGUUGAAUACCCUCGUUGGGCUUGGCGGGAACUUGCUCAGUGGUGGACAGAAACAGAGAGUUGCUAUCGCGCGUGCUAGGAUGAAGAACAGCGCUGUCCUUAUUCUUGACGAGUUCACAAGCGCACUAGAUUAUGAUAAUCGCGCGACGGUCAUGGAAUCAGUUCGAAAAUGGAGACAAGGCAUGACGACGAUUAUUGUGACGCAUGAUACCGCUAAUAUACUUGACGAUGAUUUCGUAUAUGUGCUAGAAGCUGGACAAGUGGCUGCUUCAGGUCUCAAGAGGGAUUUGCUCAGAGGAGAUCAACGAGCGAUUUUUGCAAAGGCAAUUACAGACCCCAUAUCACCACAGAGGUCACUAGAUGAGGACAUACUUGAAGUUAGAUGUCUAUCAGAACAGUCCUGGCUUGACGAUGCUUCGGUCGACACAUGGUUCGCUUCGUUUGAGAGUAGCGACACAAUGGAGACGCCCAGUACUGCUCUGAUUGACCGCUCAUUUGACAAAGAUAUUCAAUUCUCUCCUUCAGCGCAGACCUCACUUCGGGAGCUGUGGCCUAUUGCUCGCAAACCAGAUCCAGUGAAUAAUAGACUAUCUAUGGCGGAUGGCGGAAAACAUCGGCCUUCCAGACUUCGAACUUUUCUGUCAAGAAGACAUGGCUACAACCAAGUACCGACAGAAGACACGGGAAUCACUACAACCUUGCCAUUGCAGAAGACUUUGUUGACUAUCCCCAAGAUUCUCAACUUGAGACAGAGAGUUCUUUUAGCAAUUGCAGCGAUUCUUGCAACCCUUCACGCAGCAUCAACACCAGUAUUCUCAUAUCUCCUGUCCAAACUUUUCACCUCAUACUACGUGGCAGACCGACACCACGCCAGCUCAAUAGCCAAAACAUAUUCCAUAUUAAUCGUGACAGUAGCCUUGGUAGACGCCUUCGUUUUAUCCACCAUGCUCUACCUCCUCGAAUACUGCAGUCAAGCAUGGAUGGACAAACUACGCGGUCGAGCAAUGCAGCGUGUACUCGCUCAACCAUGUUCGUGGUUUGAGCAGGAAGGCCACGGUCCACUCCAACUCACUAUUUGUCUAGACCAACAUGCCGAAGAAAUUCGCAACUUGGCGGGCAAAUUCGGAAGUUUUCUGAUAAUUUGCAUCAUGACGGCUGUUAUUGCAAUUAUUUGGAGUUUUAGUUUGAAGUGGCAGUUGACUUUUGUCAGUCUUUCGUGUGGCCCGGUUUGGUAUGGGAUGAGUAAAGGGUUAGAACUGGUUAAUACGAGAUGGGAAAGAUCAUCGAAUGAUCUGAACGUGGGUAUGGGGAGUAUAUUUUCGGAGGCAUUUACCGAUAUUGCUACUGUCAGGGCAUUCACGCUGGAGAAUCAUUUUACGGGUAAACUUUCGAAUCUUUUGAGCCGGAGGUUGGGCGUUUCGUUCAAGAGGGGGUUCUCUACGGGGCUGUUCUUUGGGCUUGUGGAGUCGGUGAUUAUUUUUGCAAGUGCACUACUCAUCUAUUAUGCAGCGGUUCUGGCUGCCCCAGAUGCAAUGGGGAUCACAAAUAUUCUCUCGGUGUUGACAAUGAUAUUGUUCAGUCUUGGCUAUGCGGCCUCGGUGAUAUCGUGGAUCCCCCAGGUAAACUCGGCCAACGAUACAGCAACACGACUGAUCAGACUCUCCCAAUUGCGAGAUGGAUCAUCCUCGCACGAGAACUCGGGCAAAUUGCGAGUCUUCCAGCCUGUUCCAGUCGAGUUCCACAAUCUGAGCUUUCGAUAUCCCUCACGGCCGGAAGCCUCUAUCCUAACUGAUUUUUCCGUGAAGAUACCUGAGAAUAGCUGUUCGGCAAUAGUAGGAAGCUCUGGGUCGGGCAAGUCAACAGUAAUCUCCCUUCUACUCGGCCUGUAUGCAUGUCCAGACCCAUCACCGGGACAAGAACUCAUCGCACCACUUACUCUUGGAGGUGUCGAUAUCCGACAACUCCAUAUGCCUACCCUACGAUCCAUGAUAGGCUACGUACCCCAACAACCCAAACUAUUUGCCGACACGAUUCGCGCAAACAUUACAUACGGACUCGAUCCUUAUUCUCGCUUCAACUCACUCAAGAACAUCGAAACUGCCGCUGUCUCCGCCGGAAUAGCUGAUUUCAUCUAUUCCCUGCCCGAGGGCUAUUCGACUUUGAUCGGGGAAGGAGGACUCACUUUAUCCGGUGGACAAGCUCAGCGUCUCGUGAUUGCGCGUGCACUGGUACGGCAUCCGCGGAUCCUUAUAUUGGAUGAAGCUACUUCGAACCUGGAUGCGGAGAGCGCGGAGAUCAUUCGAAGAUCUGUGAGGAAGCUUCUCGCUACCCCGGGACAGGGAUUAACGGUGAUUAUGGUUACGCAUUCGCGAGAUAUGAUGGAGAUGGCGGAUAACGUGAUUGUAGUUGAUAAGGGGAUGGUGGUGGAGCAAGGGUCGUUUAUGGGAUUGAUGAAGAGGGUGAAUGGGAGAUUAAGGCAGAUGUUGGAUGUGGAUUAGACUAUUGUUUGCAGUUGAUAGCGCGUUAAUUGCAGA